AUGAGCUACCCCGAGCCUCUGCCGUUUCAACCGGGAGCAAAUUUUGGGGCAAAUCCAUUUGGAACUGUGCAGAAUGGCUCAGGAUUAUCGGGAGGAUCUAUUGGUCCUGGUUUUCUUCCAAGGAAUAUCGACAUCAGAGUACGAACAGGCUCAUUGCUGUCCCGGAGAGAGGCAGCUGGUUUACAGUUUCAAGGACCUGGUAUUCCUGUAUCUUCUACCAGUGGAAAUUCUGGUCAACAAGCUACCGUAGGACUAAAUGCAAAUACCUCUACCCAGGAUUCUGAAGUGCAGGCAAUUCCUAUCAGGACCAUGAUUGCUGCUGUUCCCGCUUCUGGUGAACGUGGUUCUGAUUCACCUCAUGGUUCAAUCGGAAUGGUAUACCCAGUUUUAGCUAGAGUUCAACAUGUAACUCCUGGAAAUUCAAAUGGCGCAAGUGCUUCUCAAGCAUCCGAGCAACAUCAUGGUCAGGAUACUGACACUGAACAACAAACAAUGUCUGAUUCUGCAACACAGCAGCAAAAUAUUGGAGACACUGGAGGAAAUGGCAGCGGUACAACUAGUGAAGCAUCCCACAGGCCAGGAUUCUCUGCGCAGAUCCAAAGUGGACUUGGAGAACUGCUGAGGACAAUAUUUCCAGGUGAGCAUAUUUUUGGUGACAGUGUUAGCCCACCUCGUGCUGGAGCAACCCAGGAUGCCAGUACUACUCCGGAGGCAGCAGAAACAGCAAGUCGUGAAGGGAUAUUUUUGUCUAAUAUACUCCAUCAGAUAAUGCCCAUUAUUCAAGAAAAUAGAGCUGCAGCCCCUACUGGAGGCGCAAACUCAUCUGAACCCCAGGCUGAUGAAAACCGAGAUCAAGGGGCUUCUUCUCGUCAGCGAGGUGGCCCUGAAUCGCAACCAAGUCCAAAACGCCCGAGGGUAUUAUUUUCUCCAUUCUUUCAGUUCAUCCUCAUUUUCUUCUCACCUCGCAUUGUCCCAAAGUUUUCUUUUACUUAG